CAAUAUUCUCAUAGUACACACGCAAAAUCAUAAUUUCAACAACUUUGUUCUAAGCUUUUUAGGUCUAAUAUUAAGAUUAUUCAUUUAGAAAUGGAGAGAAAAACAUCUCAAAUUCAACCUCCAACUUAUGGAGAUUUGAUCACUAUUCUUAGCAUCGAUGGAGGUGGUGUUCGAGGAAUUAUUCCAGCUACUAUCCUCAGUUAUCUUGAAUCUCAACUUCAGGAGUUGGAUGGAAAGGAUGCAAGACUUGCAGAUUACUUCGACGUAAUUGCUGGAACGAGCACUGGUGGCCUUGUAACAGCCAUGUUAACAGCUCCAGACGAAAAUAAUCGUCCACUUUAUGCAGCAAAAGAUAUUACACCAUUUUAUUUGGAGCAUUGUCCAAAGAUUUUUCCACAAAAGAACUGUGGUUGGUUUGCUUCAAUUGGGAAGAUGAUGCAAGCAUUAAUAGGACCAAAAUAUGAUGGCAAAUACCUACGUGAGAUCGUCAAGGAGAAAUUGAAAAAUACUCGUCUUAGUAACACUAUCACUAAUGUUGUCAUUCCUACUUUUGAUAUCAAGAAGUUGCAACCAACCAUUUUCUCUAGUUAUGAGACGAAACGAUCAGCAUGUUAUGAUGCAAAAUUGUCCGAUAUUUGUAUUAGUACUUCAGCAGCACCAACUUAUCUUCCAGCUCAUAAUUUCACAGUUGAAGAUAGCAAAGGCAACGUCAGAGAACAUAAUCUCAUUGAUGGUGGCGUUGCUGCAAACAAUCCGGGUUUGGUUGCAAUAGCAGAAGUAAGCAAAGAAAUUUUCAAGAACAACCCGGAUUUCUUCCCAAUAAAACCAACAGAUUAUGGUCGUUUUCUUGUAAUAUCAAUAGGGACAGGAGCUGCAAAAAGUGAACAGAAAUAUAAUUCAUCCUUGGCAGCCAAAUGGGGUAUUGUAGAUUGGUUAUUUCACAAAGGUUCCACACCAUUAAUAGAAGUAUUCUCACAAUCAAGUGCUGAUAUGGUUGAUUACCAUAAUUCUGUUGUUUUCCAAGCUCUUCAUAGUGAAAAGAGUUACCUUCGAAUUCAAGAGGAUGAACUAAAUGGAACAGAAGCCUCAGUGGAUGUGUCUACAAAGGAAAAUUUGGAGAGGCUUGUAGAAAUUGGGAAAAACUUAUUGAAGAAACCACUUUUAAGGGUAAAUUUGGAAACAGGUUUAACAGAACCAAUUCCUAAAGGAGGCACUAAUGAGGAAGCCCUUAAGAGGUUUGCAAUAUCAUUGGUCAAUGAAAAAAGACUUCGUGAGUCAAGGUCUCCACUUACCAAGAAAGUCUCCAAGUAAUUCAAUCAUCAAGAAAAUCCUACAUAUAGAAAUAAUCGAGUUGAAGUAAUAUAUAUUGUCAGUGUAAAUUCCUAGCUGUAUUCUCGAUAAAAUUUUUAAUUUUGGAGGGAAUAUUAGGUAUAGGGGAGUACUUUAUGAAAUUCGAUUUAUUUAUUUGUUGUACUAUAGUAUGUAAUAGUGUAAGAGUGUAUUCAUCUUCAUUCAAUAAUAUAUAUGUAAAUCAUUUGUUUGUAAAAAAUAAUACAAUGAUUAUUGGAUUCAUUUUUACAAAUAAA